UCCAGAAACUAUCAUCAACAAAAUGAGUGGCCGCGGAAAGACCGGAGGAAAAGCCCGAGCAAAGGCCAAGACCCGCUCCUCUAGAGCCGGACUCCAGUUCCCGGUGGGCCGUGUCCACAGGCUGCUGCGCAAAGGCAACUACGGAGAGCGGGUCGGUGCCGGAGCCCCCGUCUACCUGGCCGCUGUGCUCGAGUAUCUGACCGCUGAGAUCCUGGAGCUGGCUGGGAACGCGGCCCGCGACAACAAGAAGACCCGCAUCAUCCCCCGUCACCUGCAGCUGGCCGUCCGCAACGACGAGGAGCUCAACAAGCUGCUGGGUGGAGUCACCAUCGCUCAGGGUGGAGUGCUGCCCAACAUCCAGGCGGUGCUGCUGCCCAAGAAGACCGAGAAGGCCGCCAAGGCCAAGUAAACUCACCGAUACCCGCUAGAAACAAACAAACAAACAAACAAACAACGGCUCUUUUAAGAGCCACACACUUUACUUUAAGAGCUUGGACUGAUGCUGCUGCUUUGACAAAUAGGUUUUAUCAUAAGCAUACAAUUUUAUCAAACUCAUUGCUUAUGAAAUCUUCAAACAAUACGAAUGUAACCUCACAGUGGGA